AUGUACAAUUUUUUCCUCGCUUUUUCUCGGACGCUUGCUUUAGCUGUACUCUCGCUUCUCUUCAUUUCAGAUCUAUCCAAUGGCAACUCAUUAAACCAAAAUCAGUCCUACAUUCUCGGCCCGGAAUACGGUACAGCCGGUUUAGAAAGUGUACGAGUCGAUGCUUCCUUUGCAAUAGCCACCACGAUUCUACGUCCUGGGCCCAUCCUUCCAGUUUGGCUUGACUAUCAUCUCCGCUGGGUACACCAUGUCGUGAUAUUCAUGGACGACCCAGAUGAGCGGCCAUUGUUUGAGAGCCUUUGUGGGAACAGACCCGUCACGCUCUUAGAUGGGUCUCAAGUUGAGUCUAGGAUGACGCCGGAAAGCCGCCUCAUUCGACGCCAGAUGGCCAAUAUGAGGCAUGCAAUCACUUAUCUCAUGGAGCGUGGCUACACAUGGCUCAUCCAUAUUGACCUGGAUGAGUUGCUCUUUGGGCCUCUUGUCGAGUCACGCUCCUGGGCUAGUGACCUUGAGAUAGGCCUCGUGACCUUCUCCAAUCACGAGGCACUUCCAGUCGACUUCGAAACUUCAAAUCCGUUCAAAGACUGCGUAUAUUUUUGGGUGAACGGGGUAGAUCGCAACGCCAACUUUGCCGCCUACGGCAAUGGCAAAAGUGCUGUCCGCCUCGGCCCAGGUGUCAAGCCAAAAGGACCCCACGCGUUCUCGGGCUACACUGGCCGUAUCUUCACGCCCUCAGAUGAAGAGGCGAUGGUAUUGCACUAUCCGUACCCUUCGUAUAACAGCUGGCUUCUCAAGUUCAACCACUACGGCCGGUUUCCUGACCACUGGUUCGGCGACCGCCGGGGCCCCAAGAUCAUUGACUUCAUGUUGCAAUCGCGGGAUGUGGUCCAGAUGGCGCAUAAGACCAAUGACUGGGUCAGUGCCAAGGCGUUUUUCUCUAAGAGAAUCCUUGAUACCAAUUCAAGAAAAGAAGCGAUAAACCAGGGCAAGAUACGUCAAUACACGCCAUUUGCCGAAUCUUGA